GAGGCGUGAGGAGAAAUGCCGCAACAGUCGCUGCCAAUGCAUCCAAUUGAGAACAUGUGGAGCUUUCCUAAAAUAUGUCUAGUACUUGCGUUGAUGAAAGGCUGCUCAGCAGCACCUGCAGUUCCUGAUGAAACCGAUCCCGAGUUGAUAGGUGGCUAUUUCGAGGGCGAUAUGAUCCUGAACGAGGGCAGAAAUGGAUUGAUCGAUGAAACUUUUCGCUGGCCCAACGGUAUUGUCUACUAUUAUAUAAAUAGCGACUUUGAUCCGGAACAACGUAAUGCCAUUCUUCGCGGCAUUCAGACUCUGGAGGCGAAUUCCUGUCUCAUCUUCAAGGAGGCCUCCCCUGAUCAGCCUUACUAUGUAAAUGUCACUUCGGACGGGGUGGGCUGUAACUCCGCAGUGGGCUUCCAAAACAGUGUACAACGGCUGAAUUUACAGAAGUCUAAGCCACGCUGCUUCCGUCUGGGCACUGUUAUGCAUGAGUUUUUACAUGCCUUGGGAUUUUACCAUCAGCAAAGUACGUGGAAUCGUGAUGAAUACAUUCGCAUCAACUUUGAGAACAUAGAAGAGGGCAUGGAAUACAACUUCGACAAGUACAACAAAACCGAAGUGGACAAUUUCGGCGAGGGAUAUGACUACGGCAGCAUCAUGCACUACAACUCCAUGGGAUUCUCCAAGAAUGGCAAGCCGACCAUUGUGCCGUUGAUCGCGGGCUACGAGAAGUUAAUCGGAAACCGACUAGAAUUAAGCUGGGCUGAUAUUAGAAAAUUGAAUGCUAUGUAUAAGUGUCACAGAAAAGUUUGAGUCCUUGCACAGUUACAUGAGCUAUAUUGAUUCAUGGAAACAAAUUAUGUCAGUUACCAGAUGACCAAAAAAAGAAAAAAUAAAAAAAA